CUUUGCAAAUCAUUUACUCAUUACGUUAACAUAUUUUCUCUAAGUUCUCGUCACAAUGACUAUGAACAUUUCCAGACACCCUUUUGUUGACUCGAACACACGUAACCGUCAGCAAUGGUACCCAAGAGACGUCCUAGAGCUUUGUAGAGAUGGCCGCUGCGUUGGUUACGCCCCCUCCAAGCGUCGCAAGUGCCAAAUAUGCAUAGCUUCUUGGUCCGUGAGUACUAUGAACGCAAUCAUAGACGAGAUGUCAAGGCAACUUCCUGAUCCUACAAUUCUACGGCCUCAGCUCCAACGUCUUGCUACUUAUGGACUCUGUGUACGUUACCAUCAAGGACAGGUUGAUUCCAUGGUAUACAAAUGGAGCCGCAAGAUAUACGCAGCUUUCCCUACUGGCAGGGUUCCAGUCAGCGAUCCAUCGCCAUCCCACACAGUGGCAUCUUCUAUAUCGUCUGCCACACCUCCUCAUCUUGAAAACCUCCGGGAUAUGAGGAGAUGUACGAAUGAACUCCUGGCGAUCGUAUCGAACAAUCAUCCACCAAUCCAGACAACAUCCAUGACUAGCACCUCAGUAUCUGAAAUCUCUUCACCAGCGCUGUCCCGACGUUCCUCGAUACCGUCUGACUCGAGCGAGCACACUAUCAUUUCAUCAACCAGUGAUUCCACAGAAUCGACACAUCAGACUAUCACCCCGCCAAGUUCUAUCUCUCAGAUCUCAAGAACAGCUACACCCUCAUCAGCAGAAGACGACGCAACGGAACCCCUCACAUCAUUACCAUCCCCUCCCCAACCACAGCCUUGCGCCCGUCCCCACGUCCGCCGCAUCCUCCUCUCCGACCCCUGCCCAAUCUGCCACGAAGGCGGUCCUCUCUCUUCAUGUCUCGCUACAGACAUAGUCUGGUGCAAAUCCAGCUGCGGCCGCCCAGUCCACAAAUCCUGCUUCGAAAUAUGGCGCACACAACGCGAACAGGAUGGUCAAACCCCUACCUGCGUUAUCUGUCGUGCAGACUGGGAUGACGAGUGCGACUGCCAAGGUUGUCAUCAUGUUCCGCGGCGAUCCGGUGACACGGCGUGCGCGAUAUGUCUUGAUGCACUGGUGAUGAGCUCGGGUGCGGGAUCAGAGGCUGAAGAAGAAGGAACAGUGUGGUGUAAAGACGGGUGUGGGCAAAGUGUGCAUAAGAUCUGCUUUGAGAUUUGGAGAGAGCAUUGUGCAGAUGCUGGGAGGGAUGCGACGUGUGUGUUGUGUCGUGCGACUUGGAAUACUGACUGCUCGUGUUAGUAUUAGAGGAGGGGUCUGAUAGAUUUCAUAUUGUGUGUUAUUAGUAACGAGAUACAUGUUUCUUUACGA